AUUUGUUUAGAUUUGGUAUUAGUGCAUCUUUCUUAACUUCACCAAAGUACCUCUCUUUCUCUACUAUAAACAGUCUGCGUGAAGGGAGUGUCUAUACAGUUUGUGCCAUGGCAACAGAGGAGAAGAAGCCCGAGACAGAAUCAUCUAAAUCACAAUCAACACCUUCAUCAUCCACAAAUCAGAGCAAGGUUUGUUCUAUUCUGCCUCCACCAUUCAUAUAGCAUUGAUUAAGAAUGCUGACUUAUAGGCCCCAUCUUCUACCCAGAAGCUUUACGUUAAACACGAGUUCAGUGAAAGCCGACCUUUGCUACUUUAGUUGUAUUAAUGGCAGAACGUUGUCAUUAACUACAGUUCACAACUGGCUAAUUAUCAUUAGAUCUGUGUUUCACAGCUGACAUUGCAAAGAUAAACAUUUAUUGGUCCAAACUUUAGAGCAGUGUAUCUCAAAGGCAAACUUUUUUUUUUUCUUUUCUUUAAAGGGACUCUCCAGUGUUAAAACCCCUUCAAUGACUUACUGGAGUCCAGCGCCGAUGUCUCUUGGCGCUGGGUCAGGCUCCGCCUACUCUCCUCCCCUGACGGCUUCAGCCAAUGGCCGCGCACGCGCAUUAGACCUCCCCAUAGGAAGGCAUUAUUCAAUGCUUUUCUGUAGUGAUUUCGGCGAUGCUGGAGGUCCUCGCAUAGUGUGAGGACGUCAAGUGUCGUUUAAAACACUUUUCGUGUUCUAAGAACAUAGACAGCCACUAGAGGAGGACUUAACCCUGCAAUGUAAUUAUUGCAGUUUAUAAAAACUGCAAUAAUUACACUUGCCUGGUUAAGGGUGGUGGGAGUUGGCACCCAGACCACUCCAAUGGGCAGAAGUGGUCUGGAUGACUGCAGUGUCCCUUUAAUUGUUUUUUUGCCUUACGAAAGAGAAAAGCAUCUAUUAGGUCUGUGUGCUUUGGAUCACAAUGCCAUCCCUUCAUUAUUUUUAGAUUUGAUAUAUUCUAAUGUUUGCUUGUAGAGUAGCUGAGGCAGUAGGAGAUACUAAUUUCACCAGGUUUGCAAACUCCUUUGUUUGAUGACACCAAAUAUUUAGCAUUUUCUAGAAGACAGGGAUUUUAUACUACAGUCUGCUGAUUUGUUGAAAACCCCAAACUGCGAAUUCAGUGUAAGACUGUGAUUUCAAAUAUAACAUUCACUGCUAUUCUCACUACUUACACUCUGUAAGCUUAUGUAUAACAAGCAUAAUGCUUCUUGACGUGUUCUAUUUGUAAUUAAAUCAUUCCAGUUUAAAGACCUGUUGGUCUUCUGUUACUAUUUGGAACCCCGGGAAAUGGCUAGGAUGUUUCAGGUUUUGGGUUUCUACUCCCUGUAUUGUAACCCUGCCCAUAGCUGAACCACAGCACCCCUCUUACUGCUGUUUCUCCCAGAUGCUGAAUCUUAUUCAGUUUAAGUUUGUUUAUUCUUUGUCUUGCAUUUACUUCUGUAACAGACUGUUUUUUUUUUCCCUUUCAUCUUAGCCUGUGCCUGUAAAACCGAAUUAUGCUCUAAAGUUCACUUUAGCAGGACACACCAAGGCCGUGUCAUCUGUAAAAUUCAGCCCAAAUGGAGAGUGGCUUGCCAGUUCUUGUAAGUAUUGACCGUAUAGUAAGUAAUUCAGUAUAGAUCACUGCUGUUUGCCACAUUUUUUAUUUAAAAAUCAUCAGGAUGAAAGUUUUUGAUAGAAUGAAAUGUUGAUGUAAUGUGACUGUAUUCAUAUUAAAUAUUUGAACUUGGUUGAAAAGUCAAGUGAGAGCUCUCCUUCAUGACAAUUUUCUCUCUAUAUAUCUAUAUCUAUAUAUAUAUAUUACAUUUUGUUUAUCAGAACACUAUUGCUGUUAUCAGAGACAAUGACCUCAGUUAAUCCAGUGCUUCCACAUAGGGAAGCAUUGAGGGCCACUGCGCAUGCACAACAAUUGUUGUGCCACACCUGUCAGCAUCUCUUCAUAGAGAUGAAUUAGCUCAGUGCACCAUUAUGAGGAUUGCUUCAAAGUUUGCAGGACUGCAACAGGAAGAGCUUCUAGUGGCCAUUUGCAAAGCUGAAAAUUGUGAAGAAUUCCAAAUAUUUUGCCAAUUCUCUAGCUUGGCUGUUUAAACUGCUCCUAUAUUUAAUAAAAACUCUAGUAAAAAUUCUUGGUACAGUAUUGGCGUGAUACAUAUGACUUAAUACAAGUAAACUUAAAGGAGGAUGUGGGAACUUUGUAUCUUUAAAUGUCAUUGGUGUUUGUGUGUAUGUAUAUUUAUUUAUUGAUGGUUCAUUACAUUUUUUUUCAAAGCUGCUGAUAAGUUAAUAAAGAUAUGGGGAGCAUACGACGGCAAGUUUGAGAAGACAAUAUCUGGACACAAGCUGGUAAGAAAUUCAAAUAAUUCUAAAACGCACUUCCUUCAAUCUCUUCUGUUGUAAAUUUUGUGAAAUUCUUGAAAGUCAAUGUGAUGCCUACAAUUCUUAAAGGUAUAUAAAGUCUUACAUUUUAACUUAACGUUUACAGAAAGUUUAUUAUUUUGUUCCUUUAAAUAGCAAGACAAUUGUUGCGCACAGAAGGUGGAAGAAGUUUCUGUUUGUAUCUAUACAAGAAUAACUUUCCAGUCUUCAGUCCAAAUACCAAACCCUACAUUUAGCUAUUAAUUACAGUAUUUUAUUAACCAUAAAAGUUCUAUAUUUAGAUUCAAAUAGACAUUGUGCGUUACCUGAUAUUUUUUAUGACGGAUGUAACCUGUCUAUUGUGACAUUAUAACAUAUUUGGCAUGUUGUAUAUCCUGUCAAUAUUAAAGCACUAUAUACAAAAACAAAUUAAAACUGUAUAUGAUUAAUUAAAUACAAAAAUAUGUUUUGGGGAUUUACCUUUAACUGUGUGUAAAAAGAAUUGCCAUGUCACUAGAGGGGCGUGAUUACUCCUCCCCAAAUCAUUUUCAAUGUAAACCAAAGGCACACGUUAAGUGUGGUUUGUGUAAAUACAUAAAGCAUUCUAAAAUAAUAAUGUUCUCUUAAUAUAUUUGGAACAUUGAGCCAUCAGUGAAUGCAGUUAUAUAAUUUUUUUUUUUUUUUGUCUGUCUUAGGGUAUAUCCGAUGUCGCUUGGUCCUCUGACUCCAAUCUCCUUGUAUCUGCCUCGGAUGAUAAAACUCUAAAAAUCUGGGAUGUUAGCUCGGUGAGUCUCUUGUUUUGGUUAGUCAUUGCUGGGAAUUUCCAAACUUACAUAUUAGGAAAAUUCUCCAAAUCGUUCUGGUUCUGUUUGGCUAUUUUAGUGUUAAGUUUGAAAUUCUUUUAAAAUUUCCAAUAAUUCUCACUCUUGUGAAUGGUCCCUCUUAGUGUUUCUCAAGCCCAUUCAUUGUAAUUCACUAAAGUGCAAAUCAUUGGGGAUUCAAAGCGAGUUUUACAUUUUAGGCCAGAAAAACUGAAUUGGCUGUUUUAAACCUAUAUUUUUAAAUUCACUUUCAAUUCCCACUUUAGUGUAUAACCUUGUUUGUGUCUGGAAACCCCCGUUUAGGAAAUGAAAGGAACACUGUGAGCUGCCCAUCAGCUUGUUAUCAUUUCUAAGUGCCAGUUAAAUUGCAGUGUGUUUAUCUGCUUACAGAUAUGGGAGUACCUUUGUAUUCACUGUGCAGUUAAUGUAUUUAAUAAAUAAAAAACAAAUAGGUGGAAUCGGCAGGUAAAACGUGCAAACUCUUGUUGGAGGCAGUAAUCCUAGGUAAAACCCAGGUAUACUAUAGGAAAUAUUGAAAUAUACUGCACUCAUCAUGCGUGUGUGCACGUCAUACACAUGUUCAGUGUUUUAUCUCAUGUGCAUUUUGGAUAAAAGCCACUGAUUGUCUGACAGCUACGACUUUCUGCUGCUUGAUGUAAACCUCAACAAAGAUUCAAAUUAAUUGAUUUUCCUUCUAGUUAAUGUGUUCUUAACAUAUAUAGACCUUGUAGAUCCAAUUGUCCCAGACAUGUAUUAAUUGAUAGUUUUUCUUUUUUCGCACCAGCGCAAUAAAGGUUAGACUGGUGCCAUUCUGUUUGUGAGACCGAAAGUCUGCUCUCUCUCUUUUCCUUCUAUUCGUCUGUGAAACCACCACAUCUUUUAAAAAGUAGCAAAUGUGGUUUCAAAUAUAGAUUUCACUAGAAACUUUUAGUUCCUGUGUAUUUUUCUACUAACAGUGUUUUUUUGUGUUUUUUUCCUCUCAGGGAAAAUGUUUGAAGACUUUGAAGGGGCACAGUAACUAUGUCUUUUGCUGCAACUUUAACCCACAGUCCAAUCUCAUUGUGUCAGGAUCUGUAAGUAUGCCAGCUACUAAUUUAACCAACUUUUUGUUCUAUGUUUACAUUAUAAUUUGCUUCAAGAAAAUAAUUAUGUUGUUUUACUAGUUACUAUUUACAUCUGUGAGGGUUUGGCUCUGUGCUGAAUAUUCCCCAUGAUUCUCGGUCUACAAUUACUUGCUGAGCUUUGUGUUUUCCACAUCAGCCUUUAAAUUGCUUAUCGUACCUUAACUUUGUCAUUGUUUUUCCUUUAAGCCAUAACCAUCCAAAUGAAAAUAGUAAAAAUGGCCACUCACAUUUAAUAGAUAUCGAUAUAAGAUCAAAUUGAUUCAGCAGAUGAUGGUGCAAUCCCUGCUUAUGCACUACCUCUCUACCAGGUGCACUAUAUAAAGAUAAAAACAGAGACACAGGAAAAAUCUUAUAGUGCAGUAUCUCAGUCACAAUAGCAAAAAUAACAAGAAAAAUUGGCCACUCACGUAUAUAUAGAGCUUGUUGUGAGCUCAAAUAAUUCCGCAUAAAUUGGUACCAUCCCUGCUAGAGGAUAUGUUGCUGGUUGGAUAUUUUCAGUGAAGACAGGUACAUACAAACACCAAUAUAGUGCUCCCUGUAACAAGUACAGUGGAUCAGGAGACAAAUACUUUCAAUAUUUAUAGCAGUGUCUUGUUAAAGUUCUAAAGUGUAAGUAACACCAUCUCCACCAAGGUAAUAUAGGAAAUCAGAGGUUCCAGCGGUGUCAGCCAAUCUCCUCCAUUAGACGUCAAAGAAAGGUUAUAAUCUAACCUUUUUAAUCUUGCGUGGAUCAUAAUGUUUUGGUGUGUAUUAACAGUAAUUUGCAAACAGAUUUUUGCACAAGUCUACUUCCCAGUAUCCAAUGGAUCUCCAUUGCUCUGUGGGAAAACUAAACUGUGAACGGUUUUAUUAUGGGUAGCUGCUUGAGACCUGUUGAACACGGGUUUCCUGUUUGAGAUCUACUAACAUGGCAUGUGGUCCAUUUAUGCAACGUGACUCCGAACUUGACUAAAAGACAAGUUAUUAACAAGACAAUUCAUAACCUGUCAGGGAAUGGUCCUGGGAGUUGGGGAAGGAUUCUAUAUCUAGUUAUUUAAUUUCCUCCCCAUCUGCCCUUUUCAUCCCCUCCUGUUGAAAUUGCAGUCCUGUUUACAUGUAUUUUGUUUUUUCAGUUUGAUGAAAGUGUGAGAAUAUGGGAUGUGAAGACAGGGAAGUGCCUGAAGACCUUGCCUGCUCAUUCUGACCCCGUGUCUGCUGUAAGUGAAUGUCUUCAUACUUUUCUUUGAAUGUCAAAGAGAUAAGCAUUUUAAUGAAAUCUGGGAAAAUCAAUAUUUCAGAUGAAGCUGAGACCACUUAAUAAAAUAUGUAAUAUCACCUAUAUCUUAUGUGAAAGGAGCACUGUAUACAGCUUUGUAUUUGUAAAACAAAGGACCAAAGUUUCCAUUGGGGAGUGAAAUAUUAAACCCUAGCAAGUAGAAAAUAAGGCCUGGUAAUUGUGCCACAAACCCUUCAGACUUGCAGUGGCGAGUAUGUUUUAAGGCCUGGAUAGUUGUGUUAAGCCCUGCCUAACUCUAUGGUGUCCCCGUCCCUAGUUAUAUACAGGCCUCCUCCCCCCCCCAGUUUGCAAUACAAAUUUCCGGGGCUGCAUGAGAUUAGUGGAGGUUGUACACCCUGUCUGUUGUCUUCAUUCACUGUUGCUGUUAUUAAUUUUGUCCCUCUCCCUUUGCUGAUAUAAUCUAAGCGGCUUUAAGUCCUAGUGUUACACAAAGAUUGUGGGACCUCGCAAUUCCAAAUCACAUCACUUAGUGCUAUAGAAGAUUUGAAAAUAUUAGCCUGUUUAAAAUAACAGAAUACGUACAUGUGUAUCUAUAAUAUUGUCCCCUGGAGUACCUAUUUGUAGGUAGGCAUCCAUCCCCCACUACUUGUUUUUGUUCCUCAGAAUGAGUCUUUGUGUUGGGCGUAACAUUCCAAUUCAUUCUUCACACUACCCCCUAGGCCCCUGUAUUUUGGUCUCUAUUUUGGUGUAAUGUUCCAACUGACAAUUACCAGAGGGAGCACAGAGGUUAUCAGAUUUCUAGUGUCUGGAGAUUUAUUUAUUUUUAUUCCUACACUCCUGCUGGGAACACAUGAGGUGUAAUCAUCAUCUGUCGUAUUAAUUUCUGCCCCUCCCUUCCAGGUGCAUUUCAAUCGUGACGGUUCCCUCAUUGUAUCGAGUAGCUACGAUGGUCUGUGGUAAGUGAUGGCGGCAGUACCACAGACUUUUUUUUUUCUAAACCUUAUAUGCCACAAUUGUAAAAAGGCAAAAUAAUACACCAUAAGAUGUCAGUGGUUUAGUUGUUCUUUUCUUCAUUAGUUUCUUAACCAAUGUACGUACAAGUAUACCCCAUAUCCAUCAUUUGACUAUCUAUACAAAUCAUUAAAUACAGUAUUCGAUAUAGAUAUCUAUCAUACGUAUACAUGUAAGUUAUGGAACUUCUUCAACUCUUAAUCUCAUAAUUGCUUUUGCAUAUUGGGCAUUAAAAAGGUGCUUACCUGUACAACUUAUUUAUGGGCAGCCAAUCAGAAUACAGCGUUCACAUUGUAAGUCAGUUUUUUGAUCACUCAUAUAUUUUUGGAUUUCUUUUUUUUUUCAGCUUCUCUCGUGUUAAGUGAGUUCAAUGAAAGCAGUGCUGCCCAAUUUAAGCACUUUUCCCCUUUCUAUUCCACUACAUAUACAUAUUUAUGAUUCUCGAACCUUGUGGAAAGUCGCUUUUCUCUUUAUUCCUGAACAGGGCAUAUUAACAUUCUGGAUCUUCCUGGAUAUGUAGCUGGCCAAUUGCCCUUUAGAACUUUUUCAUUUUCUGUUAAUGUGCUAUCUUUCCUGAAGAUCAUAGGAAGAAUGUUUUGCAUGUGUUGUUACUAUGUAGUGUUACCUUUGGGGGUUAUAACCUACAUGUAUUGAUAGUGUUUCUGUAAGUCUCAUACUGUAAACCUUUUUUAAAUCCUAGCCGAAUCUGGGACACGGCCUCGGGACAGUGCUUGAAAACGCUGAUCGGUAAGACGUGUUUUUUUGGGGGGUGGGGGGGUUAUUAUUUUCCCCACCUCUUCUAAUUUUGAUUAUUUUCAAAAUUAUUUUAUUUACUGCCACUGAGGGCAGAAAAAAUAAAAUUUCAAGAGUCAUUUAUUACAAUCUGACCUGAUAGAAAUUGCCAUAAGAACAAAUGCUUUAGAGUUUGUUCUCUAAAUCUGUAGUUGAGUUGGCCCAUGAUAAGACCGUGACACACAGGAAUAUUUAGGGAUCACACUUUUUAGUUUAACUUCAUAGGAAUGUGGGCUGGAGAGGGGUUAAUGGGACUUAAUGUAACGUUUUCACAAUAGUAUAUUUUCUCCCACCUCCUUCCCCAAUGCUACGAAUGAACAGUGAAAAUACAGCUAUUAGCACCUACACGAUCACAAAAGUAUAAUUCAUUCAACCAGCAGCCAUUUAAGUCAAACCAUUCAAUGCAGAAUUCGCAGUUCUCCCUGUGAUGGCAGUGGUUGGUGAGAGGGUGGGAUAACUGUAUGCAUCUUCUGUGCCCAGCUAUUGUCAGGGUCUUAUUUUAUUCAACAUGCACUGAAAGUGUAAAUCACAGCAAACCUUUUACCGUUUAUCUCUAGAUGAUGAUAACCCCCCAGUAUCGUUUGUGAAGUUCUCUCCGAAUGGAAAAUACAUUCUAGCAGCAACAUUAGACAAGUAGGUAUACGAUAAUAAUUAUAUACCAAUGUGGUAUAUAUUUAUUCUAUAUACUGCCUGAUUUGAGUUGUGCACAGAAUUCUCCAGAUCUCUCUAAUCAAUAAUGCUACUGUUGUACAGUCUAUAUAAUCAUAAAACAGCUAUUGCCCAUAUUUAUCAAACUGAUUUUGAGAGUUAAUAUUUUAUUUAUUUUCUGUUUCAGCACACUUAAAUUAUGGGACUACAGCAAAGGGAAGGUAUGUUAGUUUUUGUGUGUGUAAAUAUAUAUAUUUAAACAUUGUCUAAUGUUUUAUUAAGGGCUUUCCUUCUCCCAUAUGUCUGUUUCUGUUUUGUUUGGGUGCUUUGCUUCCCAUUUAUCUAAUUAGCGCCCCUGCAGAAUCCAGCAAAUAUGCCUUGUAUGUAGCUAGUAAACAGCAUCUGUUAUGCUGGUAACUCUGGCACAUGGCUAUGUUCCCAGUGCAUCUCUCAGGAAAAUAAGCCAAAGCUAUCUCUUUAAAUGCAACGUAUUGUAACCUUUAUUUUUUUUUAAUUUUCACCAGGAAACGUUUAUUUCAAUAUACAUGUGCCAUAAAAAUGCUAUUUUUUUAUUUCUUUUAUUUUUAUUUAUUUUUUAUUCCUUCCUAUUUUUUCCAUGUGGUAUUAUUUUAAAUGUUACCUGACAUAAGGUGUAUGUAAAACAGCAGUGCCUUGUUUUUAGUGAAAGCAAGUGUGCGGGAGGUUACCUGUUUAGUCUAUGCAGACGUGAUUUUGAAUAGUGCUCAAUAAAAUGCCCUCCCCAUCUUUUCUAUUUGAUCAAAUGCCAAUUUUAAAAUCUGUCUUGUAAGAUAUUUAUAUAAGCAAUACUUGGUUUUGGAUCAUGUCUGCUUGAUGUGGAAUAAAACGAUUUGUCUGAGGAAAUUAAUAUCUAACAUAAUGGAAACAUUUCUGAAAAUUUUUAUUUUUUAGAGUAAUACAGUUUACAGUGUUUUAUAAAACCAAGCCAAGUCGCAUACCUGUAAAACACUUCACUUUAAAGUUCAAACCACAUCAAACUAUAAUUUGAUAAAGCAGAAUCUGCUGGACAAAAUGAUUAAAGAAAAACUCAGGUAUUUUUUAAUUAUCAGCAGAUAAGAUUUGCUCAUUUUAGCAUAUUAUUGAGCACAAAUAAAAACCAUCAUCAGCCUAUGUUACAUCCUCAUAUCUGCUUCACUCUGCUUGUCUUUAGUAGCAUUGCUUGUUGUAAUAUUUGCCUCAGUGCUCAAAAGGGCAAAUGCUGCCCUAUGCUCCUGCUCCUAUUGUCUGCAAGUCUCUAGCAUGUGCUGGGGGGAACAGGGUUUGUAGUUAUAGAGAAGCAGGAAAAUGCAGCUGACCUGUAAGCUGCAGUGUUGCCACUUGAUGCAGUGCCUCUGCGGUUUUACCAUUGUAUUUGUGUGAAUUUUUUUUAGGUUGUCUUAUUAACUAAUUUUUUUAUUUUGUCUUUCCAGUGCCUGAAAACUUACACGUGCCAUAAGAAUGAAAAGUACUGCAUAUUUGCAAACUUCUCUGUAACAGGUGGCAAGGUGCGUAUCGCUCUUACGGUGUUGGCCAUAACUCCAAAACCGCUUCAUAUUGUAUUGUGUUGACAAAGGCACUAAAGCUAGAGACGCAAUGGGAAUUUUAACUUCAUCGUGGCUCCCUGUCAAUCAUCGUCAUAAAGGAUGCCCUUUUCUGCCAAUGAAUGUUGAUAUUCGUAGAGGAGAAAGUGUAACACGGUUUCUAUACUCCUUUGCAUUUUGUUCCUCGAAUGUACUGGGAUGUUCUUUGCUAAAUCUUUAAUCAUUUAAAGAAAAAAACAGCAUCACGUAAAAAAAUUAAACUCUGUAAAUGCAUUUUGGUUUAUUUUCAGUGUUGUGACAGCUUUGGUUAACUGGCUGUACUAUCCUGAUCACUGUGCUUAGUAUACGUUCAGCAUGGAGUAUGACAUUUGAUUAUGCAGAGUGCACUGGUGCAUUCUGGGUAUCAGGCGGUUAAUAUGAGACCUUAUUAGAGUAAGCUUCUAUUUUUGUUCUUUAAUAUUAAGCUGCAGGCAUGCAAUUGUCUGACUCGGUUCACUGCAGCAGCCAUUGAAACUGUGCAGGCUCCUUUUAGUCGCAUUUUGUCUUUUACUUAUUUCAAAUAACCAUUGCAGUUGAUUCUAUAGCUCCACAGUAUAGCAAGUUAGGAGACACUAUUAGUCAGCAGAUGGUAUUUGCACUAGAUACUUCUAUAAAGCCGUUCAAACUGUAAAAAUAAACACAUUCAUUUUAAUAGGCUAUUUUAUUUUUAUUCUUUACAGUUUUCACUGCUUUUUAUGCAGGAGACUUUUAAUAAGCAGUAUAUUAAUACAAGCAGCUCUAUAAUAUCUUGCUACAAUAGGGAACUUUAGAGACAUUUGGUAUUCAGGAUAUAAUCAUUUGCCCUCAUGAUGGGAAAACUGUUUUGACUUUCCAUUCCAAGUGCUUUGCCAUACCAAGGAACUCAAUUAUGCUGCAAGAUUUGGGGAAUUGGUCCCCCUGGGUGCCAUACUCUAUACCAGGCAUUCGGCACUCCAGAUGUUUUGGACUACACCUCCCAUGAUACUUGGCCAGCAUAAUGAGUGUAAGAGCAUUAUAGGGGAUAUAGUGCACAACACCUGGAGUGCCCAAGAUUGCCUAUCCCUGUUCUAUGUCAUGGGUAGGCAACAUUUGGCAUUCCAGAUGUUGUGGACUACAUCUUCUUUAACCCCUUAACGCCGCUGGGUGUUCUAUGCCGUCCUGCAAAAUCUGGGCAGCACUCCUGGUCUGCCAUACGGUCUCAAAGCAACAUAACCAAUUUGGCAAAUUUCUAAAUGCUAAGUAUUAUGACAAUCGCAGUUAAAAUGACGCACAGAAUUAAGAAAAUAUACCUUUUUCAUUUCUCGCACUUUUUUAGAUUUUAUUCAUAUUAAAUUGUUUCCUAUCUAAAUAUUUGAUAUUUCUCCUGAACAAAAUGAUAUAUAAUAAGUGUGGGUGCAUAUAAUAUGAAAGGUGAGUUACGUUUGAACAGACAUAUAGCUCAAAUUCUAGUUUAAAAAAAAAAAAAUUUGUUUUGAUCAGAAUGUGUACAGUUGCCGACGUCCUUAAAGGGUUAAUGCUGGCAAAGCUAUCAUUUUUAAAACAUUGUGUCUAGCUGCUUUAUUUAUCUUGAAGUCCUUACACAGUAUAUAAAUACAAUUUGCUGAAUAUUUGUUACAAAUGAUGCAAAUAAAGAAUCAUUUUCUCUCUUUAGUGGAUUGUUUCUGGGUCUGAAGAUAACUUGGUGUACAUCUGGAACCUGCAAACAAAGGAGAUUGUUCAGAAAUUACAGGGGCAUACAGGUAAUGUAACCCAAGCCAUUAAAGGAAUGCUCAAAUGGAAAACCAAAAAGCAAUUAACAGUUUAGUCAAUGAAAUUAAUAAAACAUACAAUGCAUCUAAUAAUACAUAUUUUUCAUUGGAGGAUUAACUAAAAACAGCUUGCAAUUAUCUCCACUGAGCUAACCAAACCAGGAAGUUACAAGAUUAGUUGUCUGACGGGUUGGAACUUUUUUUAAAGGGGAGCAAAGCUUUAAUGUAACAUAAUGUAAUAAUCUACCAUAUUCUGGGAGAAAAUAGCGAUUUAGAUGCCAGACAUAAUAUACCUGUUUGGAAAGAGUACAAAAGACUAUUAAUGGUAGUUUUUCCUCUCCUUUUUAAUAUUCCAUUAACAAUGCACUUAUUGUUUUAAAAGCAGCCAAAUGCUGAAACGGUUUGUUCCAUUUUUAUCUUCAAAGGGACACUUACUACAUCAUAAUCAAAUCUACUUCUUACAGAGGAUAUAGUGCAUGGGGAUCGUGGUUACUGUAUAAUUCAACAACAAUUUGUUCAAAUCACCUAAACUGUAUGCUACCCCACAAACUUGUUUAGCUUAUCAUGACUCAUAAAUAUCUACUUAUUGAGCAUUAAUGAACCUCAUAGGUCCGCCGGCGCUGGCUUCUCCCCAGUCCGACUCCUUGGCUAACCUCAACAGAAUUGACAAUCUCUGCCAAUCCCCGUGCUUACCCAUAGGAAAGCUUUGGAUUAACUGAGAUAGUCAAUUUUGAUGAUCUUCGCCAAGGAGGCGGGGGGCAGAGCCAAGCACCGCCCCGGCCAGUCAACAUCUCCUCAUAGAGAUGCAUUGAAUAAAUGCAGAGCGUGGAGACGCUGAACAGUUAGUGCUGCACAGUCCCAGGAAGCGCCUCCAGUGGCCACUAGAUAUGUCCCUUGGUUGUAAUGUAAACUCUGGUUUUCCUCUGAAAAGACACGGUUUACAACAGAAAGGCUGCAGAGACUGACUAAACUCACCAGAACAACUACACUAAGCUGUAGUUUUUCUGAAAGCUGUAGCAUCCCUUUAAGGAGAUUGUAUCAACUGUUUCCUAUGAGAGCUGUAAAACAUCUGCAAAAAAUGAGACUGGCAACCAUACCUUCAGCUAAUUAGCUAAUGGCUCUCUUAGGCUUACAGUUUUCAGUAUAUCUCUAUACAAACAUUUACACCCUAUGCUAAAACUCCCACUACUAUUGGGCAGCAGAAGUGUCUGUAACAUUCGUCAUCCCAAAUACAUAAAACAAAAAAAUCCCCUAUGCACUUUCCCAAAACCCAUUGGCCUAUUUAAAGGGACACUGCAGGCACCAAGACCACUUCAGCUCAUUGAAGUGGUCUGGGUGCUGUGUCCCUUUUGCACCUACAUUCCAGGGAAACUGCAAUGUUUAUAUUGCAGCUCUAAGUCUGCCCUCAGUGGCUGCCUACCCGACAGCCACUGUGGGCACUUCCGAAAUCGUAAUAGACUUUUGGUCCAUUCUCUGACGCUAGACGUCCUCACGCUCUGCAUAUGGACCUUCAGCGUCAGGUAGGCAGCCACUGAGGGCAGACUUAGAGCUGCAAUGUAAAAAUGCUUUCCUAUGGGGAGGUCUAAUGUGUGUGCAGCAUUUGCCGGGCAUGCGCAUUAGAGCCAGCUUGUCAUGGGACAGAGGAGGGGGCGAAGCUUCAACCCAGCGCCAAGGGACAUCAGCACUGGGAUCAGGUAAGUAAAUAAAGGGGUUUUAAUCCUCUAUUUACAGGAGGGGAAGAGGGGGGGUUGCGACAGCAAUGGCGCAGGGGAGGCAGAGGCAUCGCUUUGUAUUCCUGGCACUACAGUAUCCCUUUAAGUGACUGUAGGUUACCUCUUGGGUUCUCCUAAGAGUAUUGCAUUUAAGUGGAAGGUGAGCUUACACUUUAAUGGCCAUUAGAGUGCUAUUAAAAACAUUGGGUUAUUUAAAUGUGCAUAGGGAUUUGGGAUAUUAAGCAGGCAACUUUUAUUUAUUUUUCUUCUUUCUUUUGUGUAUAUCCCUGUCUGUUCACUAAAGUGGGCAUUGUUUAAAAAUAAAUUCUUAAUAUAAGAAGAAACAGUGUUUUAGGAUCUCCUUUUUUUUCUUCUUUGCUACUAAAAUUGAUGAUUUUCUGAAUAUUAUAUUUAAUACAAAUUUUCUUUGCUAAUUUUAUUUUUUUCCCCAAAAAACUUUGUAGAUGUCGUCAUUUCAACUGCCUGUCAUCCAACAGAGAAUAUCAUUGCCUCUGCAGCUCUAGAAAACGAUAAGACCAUCAAAUUGUGGAAGAGCGACUGCUAGAGCGACUGCUAGAGCUUGUUUUUUUUUGUUUUUUGUUUUUUAUUUGAGCUCUGUUUGCAGACUGUAUUCACAGGAGAACAUUCCUAGCGGAAGACGGUGUAAUUCUGCAAAAGCGGAGAUCCAUCAACCUUGAGCCCCAUUGAAUUUUUCUGUGGGAGGGAGACAUUUUAUCAAAACUGAGUUUUAUCUGAAAAUAACCAAAUUAGACUGUAACAAGGAGAUUUAGAAACAACUCAUUUUUUUCUUGUUUUGGUUUUUUGUUUACACGCUUAUUUCACCCGUGAUAAUCUUGUGUUUGGGGUUUUGUUUUGAGGGGUUUUUCUUUUUAAAAUGUCCCUACAAAACAUGCACCAAAGUCAGUCUGGGGUGGCUUUUUAACCCUUAAGUAAGUAGUUCCUCGGUCCAAAGAAAUUGACUAGUUCUGCAGGAGGCUAAAAAAUACUGUUCUGGUUGUUUUCUGUUUAAGAACUUUUCCAAAUUCCUGUUUUUUUUUUGUUUUUUUUGUUUGCCCUACCACACAUAAAAUGCCAACUCCAAAAUCUGGAGGAAGGGGCUCCCCUGACAUUUAAAUUGCUGUAGCCUGCCUUUCACGUUGUUGAUGGGCGUUUUAAUCCAUAGCAGCCUUAGCAACAGAAUUGACUUGUUUUUUUGCAAGCCCCUUUCCCUAAAAUUAUACCAAGUAGUCUUCAAGCAGUUCGGUGUUCUCCUUCUGUGGUGUAAUCACACUACAUUUCAACAGUUUGUGACCAAAUGAGGCUGCUAAUAUUUUUAUUUUUUUCCAAAAAUCAUUUUUAAGUUCUACCAUUGUAUAGCUACAUACAUUUCUUGCUAUGUAUUAACCAGAAGCCACCGCAAAGCAAUUUUUGUAAUGGUUUUGUAACAUUUUAGAGUUGACUGUCGCACAGUUUUGCUCAGAUGCUUAGCCCCAAAAGUGCAAAAGUUGGAAUUUCUGGUGGCACUAAAUGGGUUUAAAUAUAUUUACUUUUGUCUUUGUUCUCUGCCUCCUUUAAAAUUGUUUUAUUUUCCCCCCCUAUUUUUGGGGGGUGUGGAGUGGGAGGGGCGUAUAUUGGGAGUGCAGUAUGGUGACGUUUGCAGCCCAUUGUAAAAUUUCAUUGUAAAAAGCAAUUGCUGUUUUUGUAUUUUGGAAAUUCAUAGUAAUGUAUUGCUCAUGGCAUGUCUCUUGAGACUUGUUUUUUUUGUUUUUUUUAUAUAUAUAUAUUUUUCCCGCAUUUAAUUUUAUUUUUGUUUUUGGACAGGAAACAGAACCAUUAGCUGUAAUAAAGAGCUCUGAGGGUUUUUACGUGAAUAGGCAGUGUUAAUUUGACAUUCUGUACUGCUGUAAUUUAAGACAUUACAAACCAUUCUUUCGCACCUUGCGUCUGCCC